AAACUAUUCAAUACCGAUUUUGGAUACGCGCUACUUUUAAAGAUCUUGAAUGUCCUUUGCGGCUAUGGCGAAUACCAACACAGAAAAACUUUACAUGCAACUAAGCGCAUCGGAAUUAUCAGCAAUUAUUAUGAAAGAUUCACCCAAUUCCAAUGACCGUGAUGCGGGUUUUUGUUCCGCCAGUUCCGAAAGCGAAGGCGGAGACGACUUGGUCGUCGAGCACGCGCGCAGUGGCAGUCCCGACAUCAGACCAAAAGGAACAGACUCAGCGGACUCCAAGCCAAUAGCCCUUGUCCGCAACAAACGCAAGAGCUCGGAACCUUUCAAAGUCGUAGGUUUGACGACUCCCAAGUCUAAGCCCAUGCCUGAUCCUCCGUCCAGUGCGAGUAUGAAUGCAACUGGUCCGCUAAAGAAGCGCAUACGAUACACAUCUUCCGCCGAUUCGGCAGUUGUCCUAACACCACCAGCCAUAGACUCUCCACCGCCCAACAGUUGCAUACCCUCCGCGUUGCGCAUGCAGCAUGAAAUAAUGCCUAAUCCGGCACAUAUAUAUGUUCGCCAUCCGGGAGUUACGACUCUUCACAGAUCGCCUGCUGCACACCCAGAACAGCUGGAACCACUCGCAUUAGUAACCACCAAAAAGCAAUGUGUCGACAACGCGGGGCCUAAAAUAGAGGCCUUUUCCACAUUGCUAAUUGGAAAACAGCCAUCCGCCAAAAAAACGUUGAAGGAAAGGACGCAAAAAGAAUCAACAUCAUCUUCAUUUUUAGACGCUAGUCUUAGCGAUGAGGAUCUGAGCAAGACGGGAUUGGCAUCAGUUUCGCGACCUCAUCAACAUCAACGCAAUUACAAGAAUAUGACUAGGGAGCGCCGCAUUGAGGCAAACGCACGUGAACGGACCCGUGUACACACCAUAUCAGCCGCCUACGAAACGCUCCGCCAAGCUGUUCCAGCCUAUGCCAGCACUCAAAAACUUUCCAAACUCUCCGUUCUACGGGUGGCGUGUUCCUAUAUACUAACCUUAAGCAGAAUGGCUGGCGAGGAUUACAGCGCCGAUCAAUCCGUACCGUCCAUUGCCACGUGCUUAGAAGCUGUAACAUCAACCAUCCAAACGGAGGGAAAAGUGAAACGAAAGAAAGACGAGUAAUCUGUCCAGUUUAGUGGAUAACUUACUUUUUUAGACUUUAAAUGCGACUGAUUUCUGCUAUUUUUUAAAUAUUUGUGCUUGAGCUUAGGUUAAUCUGCAUACAGCAUUCCUAUCCUUAGCUUUGAGUCUUGGCCAGCAGUGGCCCAAUAGCUUUAAAAGUUUUCAAGGCUUUGUUAGAUAUACAGACUUCAUGUGUUUUAAGAAGAAUUUUUAAGUGUGCCUGCAUACAAUUUGUAUUUUAUAUUGACAUUGUUAUGAAUAAAUACUAGCGAUGUGAUCAUAAUUUAAUCUCUACCUACUGAAACAUGUUAGUCAGUACAAAAAGUCAACGCCAUCUAUGUACGCGUGUAUAAAAAGACAAUAAUCGGAAUCCUUAACACCUAUGUAAAUGACAAUAAUGUAAACCAUAUAUUUAACUAAAAAUUUUUCAGUUUCUUGUUUCAAACAGGAUUUUUAUAUUAAUUUACAUAUUUUUAAAAGAAGCUUUGCCAAAAUGUUGUAAUUUCACCAUCAACUUUAGUUAACUUAGGACUGAAUAUGAAAAUGUAUAUUUUUUUACAUGUACCUCUAUAAUAAGAUCAAUUCUUCUUUUACGAAUUGCAUACAACAGAAAAAAUCAGUAGUAAUUAAAAAUCCGUAGUUACAAAAUUAAAUAAAGAAUAUAACAAAUUUCAGUUUGUGUAAAAUACUGUAGAUGUUUCCUCUCCAAUUGUAAUCUCAUUGUUUUGUAUACAUUGACAUAAGUGUACGUGCCAUAGAAUCAGGAAAUACACAAAACUGACCA